CCUUCCCUAAUUUUUUUUUAAUUAUUUGUGAAAUUAUUUUUAUUGUAUUUCCUUUUUUUCCCAUUACUGUUCUGUCUCCCCUUUUUUAGAGUUCCUCUGACUUUACCGAAUAUUCUACUCAUCUAAACCCUCUGGGCCAAUGACUUGACUACUGAAGACGCACGUACUUGCUUCGCGUACCUUGCUCCACGCCUUGUGACCCUCACGCCCCCUGUGUCAUCUUUAGAUGAUAAGUCUCGAACCCCAGUCUUCGGAGAUCCUUUACAUAUUCCUGCAGUCAUCAUCCAUGGGUCUUAUCCGUGCUUGAUACGCCAUAUAUCUAUACCCUCCCUCCGUCUGACCUUAGCCUCCCACCUACUACUAUUCCUUCCAUCCAUCCACCAGACUCUUCUCUCAAUACUACUCAUCUUCUCAAUGGCCGACUGCUGGCAACCUCAACCGGCCUUUGCUAACCCGACCUGGGUGCAAGGCAACCAGUCCUGCUGGCGCUCAACGACCUUCCGGGACUUGAUUCAGGCUUUCCCUAGGCCGAAGCACACGGGUCGAGUGACGAAACCUCGCAGUGCUGGGAACAGUCCUUCGUCUGCUGGUAGGCGGCGGACAGCAACCAUCCCUUACAGUUCGCCCAUGUACCAGGGCUACCAGGCCCCCGUCAAUGCUACCCUUGUGGCCUCGGCCCUGUCCAGGACUGGUCGAACCCGUCCGACGAGUUGGCACCCAGCGGUCGAGCCGGUUGGUUACUCGACUGCUCAGUAUCUGCCCGCUACUACCGCACUGGAUAACUUCGCCGCCAUUGGCGUGUGCCCUCAGCCACUGCCCACCGCCCCCGCCACCUACGAGGACUCUUCUAUGCUCCCAUCCUAUGCUCCAUCGGAUAUGGGGCUCCAUGCUCUUCCCGGCGCACAACAAUCAAUGCCGCUUCAACAAUCCUUCCUCCAGAUGAACGAUUCGCAGGCUGAGCUAGUUUCUUGGGACCCCAUGACCACCAUGGCCGAGCCCAUCUCGGAUUGUUGGUCCUUCGACAUGUCAUCCAUGCACAACAACAUCCCUUCGACGUAUGUCACAGCCUCCGGCUACGAAAGUGCCCCAUCAUCCGGCUGUUUGACUGGGCCUCCUACGCCCGACUUUCUCCCCAUCCAGCGGCCCGACGAUGAUUUCCAUGCGCAGGUUGAGCCACUGCCGGAGAAGUCCAAGGCUGAGGACGAGCUGGUUGGAAUGGGUCUUUACAGCAACCCGGAAGCUUCACUGGAAAGCUCCCUCCUUGGUCUCUCAGGCAAAGGGUUGAAAUUGGAGGAGACCUUCACCCCGUCGUCGGACAACGAAGCGGAAGACCAGGAUGACAACGAUGAAGAGGACGGCGACGAGCCGGAGCAGGAUGAGGGUCUCGACCGCAACUCUGACUCGAACCAGAAGCAGCAACAACCGGUCAAAGCCCCUGGCAGCAUGAUGCAACGAUCCUUUUUCUUCGAGGACGAUGAGCUCGAGCAGCAUGCCGUGGUCGAGCCUCAGCCGUUUGUGAACAUGGCGAGUCAACCUUGCAUGAAUUAUGGCUACGGAUGGAUUUGAUUCAACACAUUGUUUUUGCGUCUUCAUUAUUUUUAUUUUCGGGUUACAGCAUUGCAUAGCACGGAGUUGUCGUUUCGGAAGGCGUUUGCAGCUUAGCAUACACUACAGGAUACCCAGGGAGGACGAUUGAACUUGAACUACAUGUAUUAAGAAAGUGAAUGUAACAAUGACCAGAAUCUACCAAGACUCAA